AUUGAUUCGUAACAAGAUGCUCUAUAUUAAUCCGAUACCUUAACCAGCUUAAGGUAGGGUAUUAGAGACAUGUCGUCAGUUGGUUCUCUCGUAUUUAUCCGCGGUGUUUUGGGCUCCGUAAACCGUAUUCGGCCAGAGGGUUAAAUAAGCUUACAUUGCAUUUAUUGAUUUCAGGCUGCUUAAAGUAUUGGUUGAUUUGUUCAUUGUUGAAAAGCCUCUUUUUUGCUUCACUUUUUUUUAUUCUGACUCUUUCCUGGAGGAUUUGAGGUGAUGGGGUUCAAUACGGAUGCUCAGAAGAGCUCGAGGUUGAGUGUUACGAUGCUAACGUACCUCGGUUUUGCGAUUCUCGGCCUCGUGAAUGCGAUUGUGCCAUUCAUCGUGCACUCAGCAAAUUAUCUCAUCAUUCCAUAUCCGCGAUGGAUCGUUCUUCUCAUCGAGACUCUUCCAGCUUUGGCGACGAAGCUUCUUAUGCCCCAUAUUCUUCAUCGUGUUCCCUACUGGAUGCGUCCUCUCACUAUUGGAGCAGGCUGGAUCAUCGUGGCCAUCGUCACAAAUGUUACGCCGCCUAAUAUUGCACCACCACUUCGAAUCUUGACAUCAGUUCUGGGAUCGAUAUCCGCUGCUGCAAUGGAAGUUUCAUUUCUGGGAAUGCUGCGAUACUACGGCCGUGUUGGACUCGCAGGAUGGGGCGCUGGUGUUGGAGCCGGGGCUGUGUUCUGCGCAAUCUUGCCAUUUGUUCUAACAGUCUGGCUGGAGUCCUUUUUACGGGACUUUAUUGACUGCAUUUAUGCACUCACGGGUGCUAUGCUUGUGGCAUUCUUUGUCAUUCUGCCAGGAGCACCUGUCAACUAUCCUCAUGCGCAACAGGAAGCGUCAAAGGUGGACGUUGAGGAUGCUUUUCUGCUCGCCCAGGAUCCAGUUGAGCAGCUCUCACGUAUGCUCAGCACUAGAAACCGACUCAACCUUACUAAAGCCAUGAUUCGACCAUUCAUGAUGCCUUUGUUUGGGGCAUUUGCUAUUCAGGCUUUGGCGUACCCAGGCAUCUCUCGAGCUUUGCCUCUUCCAACAUCGUACACGUCGUUCUUCUCUUACUUCACCACUUACGGCCUCGCUUUCCAGCUCGGCAACUUUAUCUCCCGCACUCAUACUCUACUCCUCCGACCCACUAGUACCAAAGCCGCCUUUACAGUUAUCGGAGCUUCGACAUUCAUCUUGCUCGCCAACUCGAUCUUCCUAAUCUUCUCAACCGAAGUCUUUGUGGGAUUGCUGGCUUUCGGGGCCGGUCUUGGCGGAGGAGCAGUAUAUAUGGCUAUUUUGGACCGAGUGCUGCAAGACAAAUCCUUCGAGUCGGGAAUCAAUUUGGAGUUCGGACUUCAGGUGGUGGGAGCUGGUGAGACUGCCGGUGUUAUUAUCGGUGGGUUGCUGGGCGUGAUGCUCGAGAGUUUGAUGUGUGGAGGCACAUUUACGACCACAAAAAGAUGGUGCCACACAAGUCAUUGAUGAAUAUGGAUACAGAUGAUAAACACGGCCUGGAUAGUAAGAUUUAUGAUUAAAUGAACAAUUGAAUUCCAUUAAGAUUA